CCACAGCGCCAUUUUGAGUGUGUGUCCACCGCUGCCUGGUCUCAGAAAGAGAGGGUGCUGCUCAGGCCACCUCGCUUUUCUGACUUUCUCCUUCCUGCAUCUUCAAGAUACAUAUAGGCGCACAGUAUAGAUACAGAUCUUCUGCAUCGAAGCGGACGCCGUACGAUGAUGUUGAGAGGAAACCUGAAACAAGUACGCAUCGAGAAAAACCCUGCCCGCCUCCGCGCGCUCGAGUCAGCAGCCGGCGAGAGUGACCCUGCGGCCGCGGCGGCCCUGGCUCUGGCCAUGGCCGGGGAGCAGGCGUCGCUCCCCGCCGCGCCGCCUGAGGACCACCCAGAGGAGGACGCGGGCUUCACCAUCGACAUUAAGAGUUUUCUCAAGCCCGGCGAGAAGACGUAUACUCAGCGCUGCCGCCUCUUCGUGGGAAACUUGCCCACGGACAUCACCGAGGAGGACUUCAAGCGGCUCUUCGAGCGCUACGGUGAGCCCAGCGAGGUCUUCAUCAACCGCGACCGCGGCUUCGGCUUCAUCCGCCUGGAAUCCAGAACACUGGCUGAAAUUGCAAAAGCAGAGCUUGAUGGCACCAUUUUGAAGAGCAGACCUCUCCGAAUUCGCUUUGCUACACAUGGAGCAGCUCUGACUGUGAAGAAUCUUUCUCCAGUUGUUUCCAAUGAGCUGCUGGAGCAAGCCUUUUCUCAAUUUGGUCCAGUAGAGAAAGCAGUUGUGGUUGUGGACGAUCGUGGUAGAGCUACGGGAAAAGGUUUUGUAGAAUUUGCGGCAAAACCUCCUGCACGAAAGGCUCUGGAAAGAUGUGGUGAUGGGGCAUUCUUGCUAACAACGACCCCUCGUCCAGUCAUUGUGGAGCCCAUGGAGCAGUUUGAUGAUGAAGAUGGUUUGCCGGAGAAGCUAAUGCAAAAAACUCAACAAUAUCACAAGGAAAGAGAACAGCCUCCACGUUUUGCUCAACCUGGGACAUUUGAAUUUGAGUAUGCAUCUCGAUGGAAGGCUCUUGAUGAAAUGGAAAAGCAGCAGCGGGAGCAGGUUGAUAGAAACAUCAGAGAAGCCAAAGAGAAACUAGAGGCAGAAAUGGAAGCGGCUAGGCAUGAACACCAAUUAAUGCUGAUGAGGCAAGAUCUGAUGAGGCGUCAAGAAGAACUUAGACGCCUGGAAGAACUCAGAAAUCAAGAGCUGCAAAAGCGCAAGCAAAUACAACUGAGACAUGAAGAAGAACAUCGUCGUCGUGAGGAAGAAAUGAUAAGACACAGAGAACAGGAAGAACUUAGGCGACAGCAAGAGGGCUUUAAGCCAAACUAUAUGGAAAAUAGAGAACAGGAAAUGAGAAUGGGUGAUAUGGGUCCCCGUGGAGCAAUAAACAUGGGAGAUGCGUUUAGCCCAGCACCUGCUGGUAACCAAGGUCCUCCUCCAAUGAUGGGUAUGAAUAUGAACAACAGAGGAAGUAUACCUGGCCCGCCUAUGGGUCCUGGUCCUGCCAUGGGACCAGAAGGAGCUGCAAAUAUGGGAACUUCAAUGAUGCCAGAUAAUGGAGCAGUGCACAAUGAUAGAUUUCCGCAAGGACCACCAUCUCAGAUGGGAUCACCUAUGGGUAGUAGAACAGGUUCUGAAACCCCUCAAGCACCAAUGAGUGGUGUAGGUCCUGUGAGUGGUGGUCCUGGUGGUUUUGGUAGAGGAAGCCAAGGGGGCAACUUUGAAGGCCCUAAUAAGCGUCGUAGAUAUUAAGCAUUCUUUCAUUCUUGGUUAGUUAGAAAAAAAAAAUUCAGUGGUAUGCCUUUACACUUUUAUCUGUUACUGGAAGAAAUGGUUUGUUAAUGUAUGUAGACUUUUGUUUUGUAAAACUUGAGGUUUUUGUAUUUUUCUUCAUAAGCUUUGUAGAUUAGAAUGGUGAUGAUACUCAUCAUUGUGAAUGUUAAAAUGUAUUUGUGAUGUUAGCUAAAUAUAAGUAUUGCAUAAUACUGUGAAAUCUAUGUAGUCACUUAAUCUCAAUAAAGAAAUCAUUUUGAAUAAUUUAAAAAUGUUAUUAGUGGUAUUCUCUGGUUUUACUAAACUUUGUUGUAAUAGUAAUACUUUGGUUGCUUUAACUAUUCUCAGCCAUUUGAAACUGAAAAUGAUUUUCUGCUUUUUGUGCAAGUAGCACCGUACAUAGAAACUUAGAUAAAUAAUGUCAAUAAGGGGUAAAAAGCGUGGGUACAUUUUGGGAUGGGGGAGGCUGAUGGGAGUUUGCAUUUGUAUAAGCCAUUAAUGUUCUGUGAAAUCAUAGUUGCUGUCUACAUUUCAUAUAGUCUUGAGUAUUCACGUAUUCUGAAAAGGGAUAGUAAGGGUAACUUUGUCCUGCACUGAUUUUUUUUCAAAUAAAUCUUCUUCUGAGUCCUGAAAAAACUGUUUGAAGGUAAAUCUCUUCUACUUUUAAAGUAUUGUAUAGUUUUAAUGUUACCUGCCAUGAUUUAUUUAGGGUCCAUAUCUAGAUCUUACUCUUUAAAACGUCCUCAAUGUUUACUUACUGUUAAAUUUUUUUCAAAAUCAGACCAUACUGUUGGGUUGGGUGUUAACUGAGGCUUUGCUAUAUGAUUCAUGGUAAAUUGGGCAUUUCUUGAGAAUAUUGGUUUCUUUAAGUUUAUGAAGGAUAGCUUGCCUUUGCAGUGUUUCACAUAUUUUCCCAUAGUCGUAUAAGUUUCUCCAAUAAAAUAGUGAGUUUGUCUGAAAAGGCUUUAGGAGUAUUGUUUCCAGGGACUACAGAUCAUGUGAUUUUAAAAAGCAAAGAAUUAACCUUGACAGUGUACUAGGUUUGUUGAAUCUCAUUAGAACCCUCUGCAAUCAAGUAACUGUUGUGAACUUUGGUUUUCAGUACUAUAGAAAAACUAAUUUUGUCACAUUGUAAUGUUUAUUCCAAACUAAGUCAAAAGCUCUAUUUAAAAAUCUGUGUCAGUUAGCUAUGUUUAUUUAAAAUUAAUUUUAAGGAAUCAUAUAUAUAUAAAGCUUUACCACAGAUCUAGCUUAGCAGUUUUCUGAAGAAUAAUAGGCUAUUUGUAAAUCAACGGUUUAAAUAGUGCCUUCUGUUUUUGCAUGAUUUCUUAUUUUGCUGGAAGGCAUAUUUUGGGAAGAAAUAUAUGAGGUUAAUUAUUUAGAAUCUUGCAUAAAAAGAGUUAGUUGUUAAGCAUUGUUAAGAUCCAGUUUUUUGUUACAAUUAAAUUUUCUUAUGAACUAUUUCAUGUAUUUUUUUAUGUAACAGUAUGGAUGAAAUUAUUUUCUAAAAUUUGCUAUAUUCAUGGGCUUUUGUUUUUGGCAUUUCUUUGAAACUAUUUUUUGGAAAUUGUAAAAUAUUGUCAAAGAUAUUUUCAUCACAUUUUUCAUGAGUGUAAAGGGAAUGAGUAUGGGAUUUAUUUGAGGCCCUAAUUGAGGUGUGGGUAAUUUCAUAUCAAUUAUUUUUUAGUGCUAUCUAUUGCACUUAAAUCUACCUUUCCUGCCAUCUAUAUUUUAUUCAUGUAAUAGGUAAUUUUUAGUGUUGUAUUUCACUUUAAAGUUAAAAUAAGUUUGCCAGGAAUUUGAUCUUUUGAUGUUAAUGCCAGGCUACUUCUGGCUCAAGUUUGUGAAAUUCUGUCUGACUCAUUCAAGAACAUUUGAAAGAGAUGUCUUAAUCUCCUGAACAUCUAGUGUCCGGGCUCAACUCUGGCUCCAAGAAUAGAGUUCUGCACAGCUUUUUCCCUGCAUCAAGAAAAUUCUUGUUCCAGUUCUUACCAAGUUUAUCCUGGGACAGUCAGCUUCUGAGUGACAGUCAAGUGGAACAUCUGUGAACUCCUACUUAUUUAUUUUUUAGUGUUUUUGUAUAGCUAAAAAAAACUGGAUGGUUCAGUCAGUAUUUUUCUUUCCUUUUUUUUUUUUUUGGUGCAUUAGUAUGCCAAGGUAGAUUUUUGAAUCCCAUUUGCAUAAAGCAGUGGUAGAUACAAAAAGAAAGAAAUUUGGUAUUAGUUUUUCUAAAUAAGUGUGAUUUGUUAUAUAUGCUACAUCAUUCUUUUCCUAAAAAGCUGAUAUAAAAAAUUUUAAUAUUAUAGUAUCACAAUAUUAUGUUUACUUUUGUGUCAUGAUUUGAAAUAGCAAAUUUCAAGUCUGCAGUAAUUUCUAUUUGUAAUUAACAUGCAUCAAAUAAAGAAGCACCCGUUUGUCUUAAUUGUUUUAUUCUAGCUGUGUAUUUGUCAGACUGUUGCUGCUGUCUUUGUUUUUGUAAAUAAAUGCAUUGAUUUUCUUUACAGAUGCAAUUUUUGAAGAACUUUUGGUUCAUUUGUAUUUAAGUACCGUUUUUUGUUGCUUCUCAAGUUUAUUGGAUUUCCUUUCUAAAAUCACGAUUUACUAUUCAGUGGAAAAGAUUAAAUAUUUGUUUUUAACCCUGAAAUAUCAGUAUUAGGAAAGAAACAUUUCUUUUAGCUGGAGUUGCCAUUUUAUAUAGAAAUGAGAAUUAGCAACUAGCCAGCAACGGAAAUAUUUGCUCCUAUUUCUCAGACAUUAUAAUUGAAACUAUACCUUUACCUUUUAUUCAGAAAUUGUGGAACAUUUUGUAACUUAGUGUUUAUAUGUAAAGUCUGUAAUAAUACUAUAUAUUAAUGUGAAUGGUAGUAAUUACUUAUUAAUAAAUGGGGGUUAGGGUGUUAGUUAUAGCCUAGAUUCUAAAUAAGAAAACUGACAUUAAAUGUGAUUGUAAGGAAAUUAGUUUUGUGUAAGAAUGUUACCGAAUAAAUGGUAAAACCGUUUGAAAGGUUUGAAAUUUAAUGUCAGAUGAGACUAGUUAGAAAUUAAUGGGACAGGUCAAUUUGCUGAAAUAGAGGAAGUUUCCUGGGGCUAGGGUGGCAUUUACAUUUUCUUUUGUUAUGACGUCUAAUAAUAUAUUCAAAUAUAUUCCUGAAAUUUGAGGGGACAGCAGUGAUUUAGAAAGGCAGAUGUAUUUUCAAAAUUCUCUGUCAGAGCUCUGAAAGAAUAAGGGUGAACAUACUCCUAUCUCGAGAUUUAAGUUGUUAAUGUUUUCCUGUGUUUACUUCCUAGUUAGUUCGACAUUUGUAAACAGGGACUUUUUUUUCCGUGGGUGGCUGGGGAGGUGCACGUGCCACUUCAAAGUAAGGAGCAGAUUCAUUAUUUUUAAACACACAUCUCCUAAAAGCUAACAUUGCCAGUUUUAUACCUAAGAAUAUUACAGUUUUGUGAUAUCAAAUAUAGAAGUCCUAAGUUAAAUAAGUGUGGGUUUAUUUCAUCUGAAGCAGAUCAAUAUGUUACAAUAAAUUGAUAGUGGUUUCCUAUUUUUAAAAAGUAUUACUUGCUUUUCAGCCGUAUCCAGUAGGGGAUUUUUUAAACAUUGGAAAGAAUUUUAGUAUGUUCACAUUAUAUUUCCCAGUGGAAAAAGUGAUGAACAACAACAUUAAUGAUUGAAGUUUGAAUCUUAUCAGAACUCUGGGGGAAUAUAGGGGAUAUCUUGGGGAUAUUGAUCUCUUGGCUUUUUCUCUAAAACCAUGUUUUGAUUAUAAAUAUCUCUUAAGAAUUCCUUUUGAUUGAAAAUUAUUAAAUGAUUCUGUAUUUGCUUCAUGAGAUUAACAGUAUGUUCUUUUAUGACAUUUUAUUUUUCUUUGCAAUAAUAAAAGCCUGUUGUUUUUCGAA